CUCUUUUGCGCUGCCUUCUUGUAGUCCGGUCUCUUUGCUUGGGAUCCUGCCGUCAUUGUCAGCGCCGCCAUGAAGUCCGUCCGGCGCUUGUCUCCGCUCCUCUGCUUGCUCUUCCUGGGCCGGGUCUGUGUCGCCGCCGAUGCUGAUAUUGAGGAAGAGGAGGGCGUGCUGGUGCUCAAGUCGGCCACCUUCGAGCAGGCGCUGGAGCAAUACCGGAAUAUCCUGGUGGAGUUCUAUGCACCCUGGUGUGGUCACUGUAAAGCUCUGGCACCUGAGUAUGUGAAGGCAGCAGCAAAGCUAAAAUCUGAGAACUCAGAAAUCAGACUGGCUAAGGUGGAUGCCACGGAAGAGUCGGAACUUGCCCAACAGUUUGGUGUUCGAGGCUAUCCUACUAUCAAAUUUUUCAGGAACGGAGAUAAAUCUUCCCCCAAAGAGUACACAGCUGGCAGGGAAGCAGAUGACAUUGUGAGCUGGUUGAAGAAACGCACAGGCCCAGCGGCUACUACCCUGACAGAUGUAGCUGCUGCCGAGGAUCUAGUGGAGUCCAAUGAAGUUGUUGUUAUCGGGUUCUUUAAGGACGCAGAAUCUGAUGCUGCCAAACAGUUCUUUUUGGCAGCUGAGUCCAUUGAUGACAUUCCUUUUGGGUUCUCCUCCAGCAAGGAUGUCUUUGCCAAGUACCAGCUCAGCAAAGAUGGAGUUGUCCUUUUUAAGAAGUUUGAUGAAGGUCGUAACAACUUUGACGGGGAGAUAACAAAAGAGAAUCUGUUGAACUUUAUCAAAUCAAACCAGCUGCCCUUGGUGAUUGAAUUUACCGAACAGACUGCACCCAAAAUCUUUGGAGGAGAGAUCAAGACCCACAUACUCUUGUUCCUGCCCAAGAGUGUUACGGACUACCAGGGAAAACUGGAUAACUUCAAGAAAGCAGCUGAGAGCUUCAAAGGAAGGAUCUUAUUCAUCUUCAUAGACAGUGACCAUAGUGACAACCAGAGGAUCUUGGAGUUCUUUGGCCUCAAGAAAGAGGAAUGCCCUGCCGUACGCCUCAUUACCCUAGAGGAAGAAAUGACCAAGUACAAGCCAGAGUCGGAGGAGCUGACUUCAGAGAACAUCAAGGACUUCUGCAACAAGUUCCUGGAUGGCAAAGUUAAGCCCCAUUUGAUGAGCCAGGAGGUUUCUGAUGACUGGGACAAACAACCUGUCAAAGUUCUGGUUGGGAAGAACUUUGAGGAUGUGGCUUUUGAUGAGAAUAAGAAUGUCUUUGUGGAGUUCUAUGCUCCCUGGUGUGGCCACUGCAAACAGCUGGCUCCCAUCUGGGAUAAACUAGGAGAGACCUAUAAGGACCAUGAAAACAUCGUAAUUGCCAAGAUGGACUCGACGGCCAAUGAAGUAGAGGCCGUGAAGGUCCACAGCUUCCCUACCCUCAAGUUUUUCCCCUCAGGCCCUGGCAGAACGGUUGUCGACUACAACGGUGAGAGGACGCUGGAGGGCUUUAAGAAGUUCCUGGAAAGUGGUGGAAAAGAUGGUGGUGUGGAUGAAGAUCAGGAUCUAGAAGAUCUAGAGGAUAUGGAGGAGCCAGACGUUGACGGGGAGGAGGAGGACGAUGCUAAAAUAGAAAAAGAUGAACUGUAAAGACAAGUCCAAUCUGCAUAUCCCCAGACACUACACACUGGCUGCCUGUUCACGCAGUCAAGCAAGUCCAGAAAACAAACUUUAACCAGAGGAUGGAUGCUGGCUGAGAGUACAGGGAAUGGUCUAAAGUUAACCCUUCAUCCUAACCUGUCUGUCAACUGAUUCCUCUAGUUUAUUUUCUGUUUUGAAGUGGGAUCUGACUAGAUAGCCAAUCCUGUUGGGUCUUUUUUCCUCUCCUCCUUAUACACACUGUGAUGUACAUUUUCUUUUCCUAGAGUGUUCUGUGAUCUGGGUGGAAGCAGAUUCAAACAGCAACAUGUCCCAUUGCCUAACUCACUUUGGAGUUUCACCAAUAAUGCCUCCUUAAAGCUUAGUCAUACUUGUCUAAAUGUAAUGAGUUGCUGUCUGCCCAGCAGGGUCUUGGUUACUGACUCAGCUGUCCUCAUUUUUUGGGCCACUCCAGUGUGGAGGAAACCACUAGGAUGACCACAGUGGAAAAGAGGAAUAAGUGGGGUGGGAUAGAUCCUCUUAACUCAUUGUAUUGUCUUGCUUCCCCUUUAUGCUGAAUGAUAUGUAUCUCUCUCUUCCAAAGAUCACAAGGGGUGGGAGACUUUCGCUGAGGAAAGAGGAUCCAAUUGCUCCCUCCCCUGAGGCAAAACCCAACUCACGAUGCCACCCUGCCCCUUCACAAACAUAAGACUUGCUCUCUGCUCAUUGCUUUGUGAAUGGGUUUCCCGGGUAUUUACAGAGCUGUUUGGAAAGGGGGCUGCCAGAAUGCAACAAAAAUGACACUCAAUAACUAGGAGGGGUCUUUUGUGUGUGGGGGUACUUGAGAGCCAAGGAGUGCUAUGGGGGAGGGGGACGUGGGUUUCAGCUGAAUUGGAAUUUAGUUUUGAGCAUCCAUGAUGCUAAAAGGAAUGGAACUCAUUGGCCAAAUAAAAGUUGAUUUUAAUACUA